GUGUGCGCGUGGGGUGCGGCGCGCGCCGCGGCGGAGGGAGGGAGAGGGGGAGACAGGGAAAGAGGGAGGGGAGGUGGCUGCAGGCCCAGACCCCGGUCGCCGCGCUCGGGGCGGCUCCUCUGCGAGCCUAGGGCCGCCGCGCUCCCGCCGCCGCCUCCGCCGCCGCCGCGCCCUGACGUGAGUCCCGGCCCGCGCCGAGCCCUCCCGUGUCCGCAGCCGGCCCGGCUUGCCGCCCGCCCAGACGCCGCUCCUCCCGAGCCCCGGGUGUCGGCUCCGCGGAGGGAGAGGAGAUGCGUGCGGCCGCGGCGCCGGCGCCCGAGCGCGGCUGGAAGAGCGAGAAAGUGGACGAGGCUCAGGCCCUGGCGCGGAGCUGCGCCGCCCGCAGACCCGACUUCCAGCCGUGCGACGGGCUCUCCAUCUGUGCCACGCACAGCCACGGCAAGUGCUUCAAGCUGCACUGGUGCUGCCACCUGGGGUGGUGUCACUGCAAAUACGUGUAUCAGCCGAUGACCCCUGUGGAACAGCUUCCAAGCACUGAGAUUCCCGCGAAGCCUCGGGAACCUACAAACACCAUUCAGAUCUCAGUCUCCCUCACUGAACACUUCUUGAAAUUUGCAUCUGUCUUCCAGCCUCCUCUCCCCCCUGAUUCACCAAGGUACUGUAUGAUCUCAGACCUCUUUAUUGACAACUAUCAGGUUAAAUGUAUUAAUGGGAAGAUGUGUUACGUGCAGAAGCAGCCGGCGCCACAUUCCCACAAAAUGAGCCCUGAGGAGGUCUCUGCACGUGGUGAUGCCUUAAUAUCAAAAGAGAGCAGUACACCAAAAAUAGAUCACUGCUCUUCCCCCUCAAGUUCUGAGGACUCUGGGAUCAAUGCAGUCGGGGCUCACUAUGUGGAAUCGUGUGAUGAGGACACAGAAGAAGGAGCAGAACUGAGUUCAGAGGAAGAUUACAGUCCAGAGAGCAGCUGGGAACCGGACGAGUGCACCCUUCUCUCCCCGUCACAGUCUGAUCUGGAAGUGAUUGAAACAAUAGAAACCACCGUGUGAGGGUCCAGGCAGGAAGCCACGUCCCUCGAUCCAUGCUGAGCUUUUGUACUUUUGUCUGAUGGAUCCUUUUUCCGAUGCAGUUGGUGUUUUCUACCCUUCUGUAACAACCAUAGCAGUUCAGUGGUCUGCUGAUUUAGCUUCACUUUUAAAUUAGUCUUAUAACUAAGACGUUCUUUUUCUUAUAAAUGGUUUCCUUUUGUAUCUUGACUUCCUUUCUAUGUAGCAUCUGGUGUCAUGAACUGUGACCCAGCCUUAAUUUCACGGGACUUUGAGAACGAUGAAGUGGUGAAGGGAUGAUCACAGAGCAUCAUGGAUCAGGCUGAGGAGCUGCCCAGAGUAAAGGAGACACUGUGUUUUAUAAGUCGCCAGUUCUGCGAAGAACAACUCUUUGGCAUUCCUUUUGGCAUGCUGAUGAGGGUCCCUACCCUGCUAGUCCCAUGUGGAAAUUGGUUCACGUGGCCCCUCAAGGUGUGCACUGGUCGAUGCCAUUCUGUCCCUUUCCCCAUCUCCCCACCCCCUGCACUGGGUCUGGGCCAGUGUUGCCCUAGCUUACUUCUGGGAGGUUGCUGGAGGCCAGCUCAGUCCCUGGUUAUGGCCAGUGUCUCCAUGAUCUGGGGCUGAGCUAGACCUCGCUUCAGAAGAGAUGACAUCUUCUAUUUCACGCUCAGUCCAGCUUUAGCUGAGUGCCUACACUCUUCAGGGUGUUGUGGGGAUACAGAAUGAAUAAGGCCUGACUCCCGCAGGAAGGGACCACAGUCCGUUAGAGGAGGUAACACAUGCAGGUGAUGGGACCCAGAGUGCCCUGGGAACCCAGGGGAGGGAGAGGUGUGCUUGGCCUGGGCUGGCUGUGGAAGGAGUUGGAGCAUUUGAGCCGGCCUCUUGGGUGGGUUCCCUGCCAAUUCCCUGCUUUUUGAAAUUGUCCUUCAGAUCUGGGGGAGACUUUUAGGAGUUACAUAGCAUUAUACUUAGGAAGCAGCCACAUCUGAUGUCUUAAGAGAAAAGAAUCAGUAAUAGUUUUAGUCAGCAUGGAAAUGCUAAGGACCGCAGUCCCUUAGGGAUUAGGAAUGAAUCUAAUAGGUUUGAUUAAUUCUGCUUCGUUUGGUUGUAUGAAGCACUAGAGCGGCUUAGGUGAGAAGUAGAUUAGAAUUCAGUAUGAUGCAUGGAUUUUUUAUGCCAAUGCAAAAACAGUUGAACUAGUUCGCUGCUAAGUCAGGAGAACAUAUUUUGUGUAAUAUUCACUCACUUUACUACAGGAAUAUUCACGGGCUGUUGUGAAUGUUCUCUUUUCCUAUUUAGCUCUCUUCAGAAUUCUGCUCCUGAUCUCCAUUUAUAACAGGUGUUCUCAUGCGAGCUGGUUAGCUGCUGUUUCUCCACACGUACCGUCUGUGAGGCAUAGUUAAAAAUCCGGGAAGUUUAAACCAUGGCCACGUGAAACCAGAACUGUCAACGUUGGAGACAGAGAAGUAGUUCUUUGACCCUGACUGUCCACACGUGUGCUCUCCUGGCAUCAUCUCAUGCUCUGUCAGCAUUAUGACAUGUCUCUUCUGUGUCACAUUAGUUUGUAUUUUAAGAAAUAAGAAGAGGCCUGUUGUGUCCUUUGCUGAAGCCUCUGCGUGGCAUCUUUCACAAAUCACUCCAGGCAGAACCUGCUUUCUUAGUUGUAUGUAUAGUUCAUGUGACUGGCUAGAAGAUUUUGUUAGGUUUAGGUGCCCCAAACAUCCAUAGGGUUUAGAAAGCAGAGUGUGCGUAUUUCUUUGAAAGCAGUGUUAGUUAACACUUUCUGUGCUAGAUGGGAAUGCAGCCAGCAUAAAGUUCCCACUUACUGAAACAGUAAAGACUCAAGAAGUCAAACCGAGAAGGUGCUGAGCAGAGCUCCAGGUACAGUGGGCCCAGGAGAGGGUGGCAGAGGCGGGCGUGUGGAGAGGGGCUUAGGAACAGACAGCUGAUGAGCCCUGCCCUGGGAUUCUCAGCACCCGCUGGGAUUGAAUGGCCAGCUGCAGCCAGGGCGACGCCAGGGUCCUGUCUGCACCUGGCGCUGGGUGAGCUUGUUACAUCCCUGGGUGGGAACACGAGGCUCUCUUUCUCUGCACCAUUCCUACCAGUUCUCUCCUCCAUCCGUUAAUCUAAUUGAGGUCCACCACCAGGUCUCCAGAGUCGCGGGAAGCCACGCGCACAGACAGGGCCACGUUUCUGAGGCUGGCUGUGUCAGGGUUGGGCACAUUAUGGGAACAUCUGUGAUUGUGCCUACAUUCCUGUUUAAACUCCUGAACUGCCAUUCAGAUUAGCCACAAUUUUAGUGAAAUUUUUGGAUUUAACACUAGUUGCUAAUCACUUUAAAUAUUUGCACAAACUCUUUAUGAUUGAAAACUCACUAAGGUUCACUUACUAGUCUGUUUUAUAGAAUUGGAGAUGUUCCACUGGAUUCUAAGUAUCAGAUGUUCCUGGAUCUCAAAAUAGCCUUUUCUAAAUAAGCACAAGCAAGAAUUUUUUUUUUGUCCUAGCACUGUUACUGAUUAUCUGAAAAUCAUAUAUGAUUGAACCAGAAUUGUUUCUGUGCUUGCAUUGCAAAAACAACUGAUAAGGAUAUAAAAAUAUGUAGUUUCAACUUAAAUUCUAGGCCUGUUCUGUUUUAUAUUCUGUGAAAGAAUUUCUCUGUGAUCCUGAUACUGCACUGCUCAUUUGUAUAAGCAUAUUUAUAGGCACUUUAGAAACUGUGUGUACUCUAGACAUUGAACACGGUCAUGUUAAAUAGGCUUUUGAUUAAUACUUGUACAUUGAGAGAUAUGAGAACUUUAUCAUUUGGACCUUUGCUCACUUGGGGCAGAGUUGGGCUGCGUGGAUGGAAAACCUGCUUUCUUGGGCUUUUGUCAAAAAGUGACAUCAUUCCCACUUUUUGAAAGUUGGUGUAAAAGCUAUUAGGUAGGAUAAGUGCUGUGUGGUUAGCUUUCUUAUCUAACCAAGAUUUCUUUUAGAAUUUUUAAGUUUCACGUGUGUUCAUGACUUUUCUAAGAAAUGACAAAGCAAUUAAAAUGCUUUUGUCAUUAUAACUAUUUGAUACAUUAACAAUUGAAGCAUUAAAUCUAGGUAUUUUCAAGAUUUGAAAUGCAAAUUUGAGGAAAUCCCUGAGGAAAAACAGUAGCUUUCCUAGAAGGGGAAUGCCAGUAGUUCAAGGUAAUACAGUACAAAAUGAAACAAAAAAUAAAAUCACCAAAACCAGAACAAAACCGUGAAGUUGUUUUCCUGAAGUACUUAUUGGAUUUGAUCUAGGAUUUGAUUUUGUCUUGGGAGUGGUGGUUUUAUUUCUACUUCUUGGCCUGUUUGAACAUCAUAGUUCUUUUGGGACUGAUCAUAAACUCCUUUUUAUGCAAAUUUCUCUACUUGGCAAUAGGAUGCAACCAGAUAAUUUAGAAAGCUGUCAAAAUAUCCAGAUACUUUUGGUGGCAUAAAUACUUCUAGGCAAGAAAAAAAAAGGCACAAGUUAAAAAAAUAUUUAUACAGUCACUACUUGAUUAGUCCAUCUUGUUUGCAAAAUUUUGUUGACAUGUUUUGGGUUUUUACAUGAGGAAAACAAAGUGUUCUUGGGUUUUCGUUCCUAUUCUCCUCUCCAGAGGAAGUGUGAGCACAUUAAGGUUAGUUGUAUUUUAGGCUUUUCUGCCGUGUGUAAUUAUGUCUCUUCCCACUGAGGAGGGGAGAAAGAAGUGGGUGUUUCCACACUCUCUCAGUGUCAUCAGUUCCAGGGAUGUCAGUGCUCCUCACAUCCAAACAUAAGUACAGAGGUACUUCUCAAAACUCAUUUUGGAAUUAUUUACCUUUAGAAUAUUUCUCAUGUCACUGCUCCCUUUCAUUAUUGUGGGUAAUUGAGAGUUGCCUGUAUUGGGAAAGGACCGCGUUUCUGUUAGUGCUUUGAGUUCUUCUUUCUAUUAAGGUUGAAGCAGUGCUCUCUUAAUAGUCUGAACAAGUCUGAAAGCAAAUAAUCACUAGCAGUUUUAAUGCUGAGCUUCCAUAUCAUUGUGUUCAUAUGUACUUUUAAGGCUGUUCGUACCUUGUAAUACUCACUCACUGUGUGAUUUUUAAAACCUGUUUUCAAGUUUUAAGCACAAUGUUGAUCCUUCUGUAAUUUCCUAAAAUUAUAUCCUGUUUUCCUACAAACAGCUCAACUUUCCUCUCUGUAUAAUACUUUAGAAAAAUACUGCCUUGUAAAAUAAAUGUGAUUUUUUUCUUUUUUACCAG